AAGCGGGGUUUCAAGUUUCAGCUCCUCCUUGAAUUCCAGCCUGCUGAGACUCUCUCUUUAAUCAUCCAAAAUGGAGUCUUUCGCUGCCUACCCAUUAAAAUGUUCCGGGCCCAAAGCAAAAGUAUUUGCAGUUUUUCUGUCUAUGGUUCUGUGCACCGUGAUGCUCUUUCUGCUACAAUUAAAAUUCCUAAGACCCAAAAUCAACAACUUCUAUGCCUUUGAAGUGAAGGAUGCCAAAGGAAGAACCAUUUCUCUGGAAAAGUUCAAAGGCAAAGUUUCCCUAGUUGUAAACGUGGCUAGUGACUGCCGGCUCACAGACAAAAAUUACUUAACCCUGAAGGAGCUUCACAAGGAGUUCGGGCCCUAUCACUUCAGCGUCCUGGCUUUCCCAUGCAAUCAGUUUGGAGAAUCGGAGCCCCGGUCCAGCAAGGAAGUAGCAUCUUUUGCAAGAAAAAACUACGGAGCCACGUUCCCCAUCUUCCACAAGAUUAAGAUUUUAGGGCCUGAAGCAGAACCUGCAUUUAGAUUUCUUGUUGAUUCUUCAAAGAAGGAACCAAGGUGGAAUUUUUGGAAGUAUCUGGUCAACCCUGAGGGGCAAGUUGUGAAGUUCUGGAGACCAGAGGAACCCAUUGAAGCCAUCAGACCUCACAUAUCACAUCUGAUUGGGCAAAUCAUCCUAAAAAAGAAAGAAGAUCUAUGAAGACACCACAGAGUAAGUCCAGUGCAAUAGAACAGAAAUGUCUCUAGAGGAUUCGGUCUCUUUUUAAAUUCUUUGACAAAUAUAACAUUAAGAUUGUAUUUUAUGGCUGUCUUACUAAUCAGUGGAUUGGACAAUGGAUGUCCCCAGGAAAAUAAUGCUACCCAAAGAGGAAGAAAAAAGAGCAGCCAACGAAUCAAAACGGAGUGCCAACAUACUUCAGUACCCUAUUGAUCAACUUAAUGGGAAAACCUAUUCCCAAGGUCACUAUGUGGAAUAAAAAACAUUGUGUGACUGAAAUUUUUGGAGUGACUAUAAGUGGCCAUAUUGAUAUAAUAAAACAAAUGCUGGAAAAUGCAAAAUAA